AUGCGACUGCGCCUCAACCCCGCCUACAGCCAACCCUGCCCGUUCCAUGUGCCGCAGCAAAGGGUACUUGGAAGUGGGGAGGUGGGGGGCGGUAUAGUGCUCUACGCUUGCUAUUUUAUGUGGUUUAGAGUCGACAUUCUCAAACUUACCGUUGUUGUACACAACCGUUAGAAAUGUCUAUAUAAAGAUGCAAAAUGUUUGGGACCUCCACUGGGACAGUCUGGCACAACUUCCUUCACUCUCCAUGAUGAGCUCUGCUAUUCUAUGAUUACAUUUUACAUUUUAGUCAUUUAGCAGACGCUCUUAUCCAGAGCGACUUACAGUUAGUGAGUGCAUAAUUUUUUAAAAUUUUUAUUAAUUUUUUUCAUACUGGCCCCCCGUGGGAAAUUUUUGCAGGGUGAUGGUGCCUGAUUGAUGCCUGAUUCAGUCAGUCUCAGGUCUGUUCUAGUAGUAGUAUGUGUAUGCACCAAGGGGAGUCCCUAUUUCUUUCUUCAUCGGAAAAGAUGUUGCAUGGUGCCAGGUAUUAAGAGUCAUAAUGGAUAGCUUGUGGCAAUGCAUGAGUUAGGCUACUGGUAGUGUUUCCCUGCACAAAUUACCCCUCUGCAUGGGGUGGUUGCAUCCACUUGCAGCACUGCACACUUGUAACAUAGUGCGCUUGUAGCAUUAUGCACCUGUAGUGUUUUACACUUGUAGCAUUAUACGCUAAGCUUUAGGUCUAUUGGUACAAAGGAAGCUGGGUUGCCAGGGCAGAAGUUUCACCUGUGAGUGUGUGCCUGUGUUAGUAUGCCCACUAAUCGUCUGUGUGUCUAUGUAAAGUCUUUAUUAUCCCCAGGGGGCCAUUCAUUUUGCAGCACAUAGUAAAAACAAUUACAAAUAUACUCAUACAAUAUAUCCAGAAAUAUGUAGACCGGCUAGCCCGAAAAAUAGAUUGUUUUGGCAAUUCUCACAUAACUUCAGAAUUGGGAUGAAGGAUGUUUGACAUGCUUUUUACAUUUGUAUCACAUAUUUUCUUGGGGAAAUUAUGAAAGUGGCCACUUUUUAGACCUAUACAUGCCUCCUGAAAGACCCUAUGAUCUGUGACCUGUACAUGAUACAGACAAUAUAUUGUUGUCAUCAUACUCUUUAUAAUGUUUAUAUAUGGUUACAAUUUUAAUACAAAUAUAUCUAAUUAAUUUAUUCAACAUUAAAAAUAUGAUCUCAAAUGUAGCCUUUUUGGUUUUGUUCAUUUUAAGACAUACUGUAUUGUUUGGAACAAUAAACUCUACAGGUAUCUCUGCUAAUUUUGCUACAAUCUGAGAUACGCAAAACGACGCUGGAUUCAAAACUUAGAAUUGUUCAAUUUAGAUUAUUAUACAAAAUUAUUGCAACCAAUAGAAUGUUAUUUAUAUGGGGGAUACAACCUUCCCAGCUCUGCAGAUUUUGCUGCGAAUAGACAGAAUCAUUAGAUCAUCUGGUUUGGUACUGUCCAUAUGUAGCUUGUUUUUGGUCACAGGUCCAGGAAUGGCUGAAUAAUUGUAAUAUUUACCUGGAGCUAACCCUGCAGAUGGCACUACUGGGUGAUCCGAAAAGUCAUAGUCAAUUGAUCAAUAAUAUAGUAAUACUUUUAGCAAAAAUGUUUAUUCUCAAUUUACAAUCUGUAGAAACAAUGAGAAUAGAAAGGUUCAGAACUUUUGUGAUUCAUCACAGCACAGUUGAAAAAUAUAUGUCAAAUAGAAAUCCAAUAUGGAUGGUGUUAAGAGAGAGAUGGGAGGGGUUGAAUGGAGCUGAAGUUGGGACUAAUAACAACAAGAUAACUAAUGUAAAACGUACUGUGUCCGUAAAACGUAUAUAGGUUAAUAACUUUUGUGAAAGAGCACAGUUUGAAAGAUAUGGUAAAUAGAAAUCUAACCGGAUGGACAUCAGUAAUCGAUGGUAGAGGAAGGACAGGAGUAAAACGAACAAAAUAGAACAAUUGUAAAAUAGACCUUGUCCAUAAAAUGUGUAUAUAGUAUGUAUAAGCUUGAAGUAGAGGCCUAAGCGUUGUUGUUCACUAGUUUCUCCAAUUAGGGAAGGGGUGGUAGGGUUAGAAAGUAAUAAAGGAAGAUAUAUAUAUAUAUAUAUAUAUAUAUAUAUAUACAGUGGGGAGAACAAGUAUUUGAUACACUGCCGAUUUUGCAGGUUUUCCUACUUACAAAGCAUGUAGAGGUCUGUCAUUUUUAUCAUAGGUACACUUCAACUGUGAGAGACGGAAUCUAAAACAAAAAUCCAGAAAAUCACAUUGUAUGAUUUUUAAGUAAUUAAUUUGCAUUUUAUUGCAUGACAUAAGUAUUUGAUCACCUACCAACCAGUAAGAAUUCCUGGUCUCACAGACCUGUUAGUUUUUCUUUAAGAAGCCCUCCUGUUCUCCACUCAUUACCUGUAUUAACUGCACCUGUUUGAACUCGUUACCUGUAUAAAAGACACCUGUCCACACACUCAAUCAAACAGACUCCAACCUCUCCACAAUGGCCAAGACCAGAGAGCUGUGUAAGGACAUCAGGGAUAAAAUUGUAGACCUGCACAAGGCUGGGAUGGGCUACAGGACAAUCGGCAAGCAGCUUGGUGAGAAGGCAACAACUGUUGGCGCAAUUAUUAGAAAAUGGAAGAAGUUCAAGAUGAUGGUCAAUCACCCUCGGUCUGGGGCUCCAUGCAAGAUCUCACCUCGUGGGGCAUCAAUGAUCAUGAGAAAGGUGAGGGAUCAGCCCAGAACUACACGGCAGGACCUGGUCAAUGACCUGAAGAGAGCUGGGACCACCGUCUCAAAGAAAACCAUUAGUAACACACUACGCCGUCAUGGAUUAAAAUCCUGCAGCGCAUGCAAGGUCCCCCUGCUCAAGCCAGCGCAUGUCCAGGCCCGUCUGAAGUUUGCCAAUGACCAUCUGGAUGAUCCAGAGGAGGAAUGGGAGAAGGUCAUGUGGUCUGAUGAGACAAAAAUAGAGCUUUUUGGUCUAAACUCCACUCGCCGUGUUUGGAGGAAGAAGAAGGAUGAGUACAACCCCAAGAACACCAUCCCAACCGUGAAGCAUGGAGGUGGAAACAUCAUUCUUUGGGGAUGCUUUUCUGCAAAGGGGACAGGACGACUGCACCGUAUUGAGGGGAGGAUGGAUGGGGCCAUGUAUCGCGAGAUCUUGGCCAACAACCUCCUUCCCUCAGUAAGAGCAUUGAAGAUGGGUCGUGGCUGGGUCUUCCAGCAUGACAACGACCCGAAACACACAGCCAGGGCAACUAAGGAGUGGCUCCGUAAGAAGCAUCUCAAGGUCCUGGAGUGGCCUAGCCAGUCUCCAGACCUGAACCCAAUAGAAAAUCUUUGGAGGGAGCUGAAAGUCCGUAUUGCCCAGCGACAGCCCUGAAACCUGAAGGAUCUGGAGAAGGUCUGUAUGGAGGAGUGGGCCAAAAUCCCUGCUGCAGUGUGUGCAAACCUGGUCAAGACCUACAGGAAACGUAUGAUCUCUGUAAUUGCAAACAAAGGUUUCUGUACCAAAUAUUAAGUUCUGCUUUUCUGAUGUAUCAAAUACUUAUGUCAUGCAAUAAAAUGCAAAUUAAUUACUUAGAAAUCAUACAAUGUGAUUUUCUGGAUUUUUGUUUUAGAUUCCGUCUCUCACAGUUGAAGUGUACCUAUGAUAAAAAAUUACAGACCUCUACAUGCUUUGUAAGUAGGAAAACCUGCAAAAUCGGCAGUGUAUCAAAUACUUGUUCUCCCCACUGUAUGUAUAUACAGUAUCUCACAAAAGUGAGUACACCCCUCACAUUUUUGUAAAUAUUUGAGUAUAUCUUUUCAUGUGACAACACUGAAGAAAUGACACUUUGCUACAAUGUAAAGUAGUGAGUGUACAGCUUGUAUAACAGUGUAUAUUUGCUUUCCCCUCAAAAUAACACAACACACAGCCAUUAAUGUCUAAACCGCUGGCAACAAAAGUGAGUACACCCCUAAUUAAUUGAAAAUGUCCAAAUUGGGCCCAAAGUGUGAAUAUUUUGUGUGGCCACCAUCAUUUUCCAGCACUGCAUUAACCCUCUUGGGCAUGGAGUUCACCAGAGCUUCACAGGUUGCCACUGGAGUCCUCUUCCACUCCUCCAUGACGACAUCACGGAGCUGGUGGAUGUUAGAGACCUUGCACUCCUCCACCUUCCGUUUGAGGAUGCCCCACAGAUGCUCAAUAGGGUUUAGGUCUGGAUACAUGCUUGGUCAGUCAAUCACCUUUACCCUCAGCUUCUUUAGCAAGGCAGUGGUCGUCUUGGAGGUGUGUUUGGGGUCGUUAUCAUGUUGGAAUACUGCCCUGCGGCCCAGUCUCCGAAGGGAGGGGAUCAUGCUCUGCUUCAGUAUGUCACAGUACAUGUUGGCAUUCAUGGUUCCCUCAAUGAACUGUAGCUACCCAGUGCCGGCAGCACUCAUGCAGCCCCAGACUAUGACACUCCCACCACCAUGCUUGAAUGUAGGCAAGACACACUUGUCUUUGUACUCCUCACCUGGUUGCCGCCACACACGCUUGACACCAUCUGAACCAAAUAAGUUUAUCUUGGUCUCAUCAGACGACAGGACAUGGUUCCAGUAAUCCAUGUCCUUAGUCUGCUUGUCUUCAGCAAACUGUUUGCGGGCUUUCUUGUGCAUCAUCUUUAGAAGAGGCUUCCUUCUGGGACGACAGCCAUGCAGACCAAUUUGAUGCAGUGUGCGGCGUAUGGUCUGAGCACUGACAGGCUGACCCCCCACCCCUUCAACCUCUGCAGCAAUGCUGGCAGCACUCAUACGUCUAUUUCCCAAAGACAACCUCUGGAUAUGACGCUGAGCACGUGCACUCAACUUCUUUGGUCGAGCAUGGCGAGGCCUGUUCUGAGUGGAACCUGACCUGUUAAACCGCUGUAUGGUCUUGGCCACCGUGCUGCAGCUCAGUUUCAGGGUCUUGGCAAUCUUCUUAUAGCCCAGGCCAUCUUUAUGUAGAGCAACAAUUCUUUUUUUCAGAUCCUCAGAGAGUUCUUUGCCAUGAGGUGCCAUGUUGAACUUCCAGUGACCAGUAUGAGGGAGUGUGAGAGCGAUGACAUCAAAUUUAACACACCUGCUCCCCAUUCACACCUGAGACCUUGUAACACUAACGAGUCACAUGACACCGGGGAGGGAAAAUGGCUAAUUGGGCCCAAUUUGGACAUUUUCACUUAGGGGUGUACUCACUUUUGUUGCCAGCGGUUUAGACAUUAAUGACAGUGUGAGUUAUUUUGAGGGGACAGCAAAUGUACACUGUCUAUACAAGCUGUACACUCACUACUUUACAUUGUAGCAAAGUGUCAUUUCUUCAGUGUUGUCACAUGAAAAGAUAUACUCAAAUAUUUACAAAAAUGUGAGGGGUGGUAUACUCACUUUUGUGAGAUACAUAUAUUUAAAAAAAGUGUAUAUAUAUAUAUAUAUAUAUAUAUAGUAUGUGUGUAUUUAUUUAUUGCAAAAAAAUAUUUGGGGAAUUGGAAGUGAUGCAGACUAUUACAUUGAUGGAAGCUACAAUCUAUCUGCAAUAUUAAAGCUGAUCUACCCCCUAAAAAAAUAUAACUAAAAUAAUUGUAAAAAUCGGAGAUACCCAAAAAUAUUUUCGGCCUAUCCUGCCGUGGAAUUGCCCCUUAAAGCAGGAAUCCAUAUUAGUUGAAACUGCCACUUGCCUAGGAGUAUUUCUUAUUGGUUAAGUUUAUGAAAGGAGAAAAGGAGCAUCCAUCAUCUUGGCCAAAAGAAUAUACGUACCUUGCUGUCCUACCACAUGUGCAAUGAUGUCCGAGGGCAAAAAAACGUUUUAGUUAUUUCAAGUAACUUCCUUGUUGUAAUAUUGCAAAUGGACAUGGCAGUUUCAUGGCUACGGAUUCCAUCUUAAACGUAGGGAGCCUGUAUCUGCGCUGUGAGGGGAAAAAAUAUAUGUAUCUGUGGAUGAAAGAGUACCACAGUGUCUUGGAUAGUGGACUGCAUUCUCAAACUGAAUCCAUUUGGGAGCCCCUGCUCUAAUCUGUCCAUUGUCCUGUCUGUCUCCUCAGGCACUGGCGAAAGUGGCAAGAGCACAUUCAUCAAACAGAUGCGCAUCAUCCAUGGGACGGGCUACACCGACGAGGACAAGAGAGGCUUCACCAAGCUGGUGUACCAGAACAUCUUCACCUCCAUGCAGUCCAUGAUCCGGGCCUCCGAGACCCUCAAGAUCCAGUACAAGUAUGAACAGAACAAGGUGAGUCUGACUUGGGGAGAGGGGAUGGGGAUUGGGGUCCACUCAUUGGGCAAAGACCAUGUUGGUCAAUAUAUUUCAUUAUAUAUAUCUAGAGGUUACAUUAGGAAUCACUAAUGGGAGCAGCAAAUGGUUAGCGGCCAUUACCGUAGUUCUUGAAUGGGUCGUUGACUCCUGAUGUAUGCAUGUAACUUGGCAUUACAUGCAGAUAUCCGGAGCAAAUUAAAUGGAUGUAUUUGAAUUAGGACUGGUGAACCGGAGGCGCACCCAUCAGGACUUCUAUAGCCUAGUCAUAGUAUAGCCUAGGUGGGGAAUACUCCAAAAUCAGCUACAGACUUAUUCCCUUCUGGCAUUGUCUGCAUUCUAAUCCACUCAUAGGACAGCUCACUGGCAACUGUUGGCUGGCAAUCUCCGCAUCGAAUUGUCCAGCUACAGCUUAUAUGUCUGCAUCAUCAAAUGCAAACCAUAUUCAAAUGGACCAUAAAAGUGGCUGUAAACCAUGCCAUAAAACAUAAUGGACUGCUACAGCUACUCCAAUCUGCUCUGUCCAGGUACGGACACGAAGUCACUGCUGAGGAGAGGCCUGGAUGUAUCGAUGGCAAGACAGUAGUCUGUCUUUAGGCCUAAAUCUAUCGAGAAUAAUGUGUCAGUAUAUGACAAACCUGUACAAAUUACCUAACAUGUUCUGAUUUGAACUUUAAUCAGAAUGCAGAAAUGUGUAAAAAUCCUGGGUCACUGUUACAGUGAAUGUGAGUGAUGCUGUCCAACCUUUCACUCUUUUCCAACUGUUUCCCUUAUCUGGUGUCCUGUUCCUCUCCCCAGUCCAACGCGCUGCUGGUGCGAGAAGUGGACGUGGAGAAGGUGUGUUCCUUCGAACAGCCCUACAUCAGUGCAAUAAAGAUGCUGUGGACAGACCCUGGCAUCCAGGAGGCCUACGACCGCAGACGUGAAUAUCAGCUCUCGGACUCCACCAAAUAGUAAGUCAAUUUCUGGCAUACACACACAACUGCUGCACUGGUUAGAGAUGGAGAGGCGUUAGAAUGAGAUUGAAGAGAAUGAGUUACCAUAAUAGUGAAUAUCAUCUCUCUCUCUGACUCGUGAGAGAAAGUGAAAGAGAUUUAAAGUAAGAGACCAAAAAAAAGAGGGGGAAAAACUAUGAAAGAGAAAGCUGGAGCGAUGGAAAGAGAAUGAACAGACGGCAACGUUUCUCAUCCUGCUCCACCUUAGUUCUAUUUGAACUAACCUACGGAGACCUGAAUUUCAUGUUUGUUAUGUAGAAUUAUAGGUCUGGAUUUGUUCAGCCCUAAAAUGCAGAGUAAGCACUUUGUCACCAUGACUAAUGCUUAUAGCUUCCCAGGGACAAACACUUUGUUGUAAUAUGACUCAGAAUCAAUGUAGUGAUUAGGCUACUCUGUAUUUUUAUGACUGAUAAGGUUAUCAGGACUGUAAAAAUGAACCCAAAUCUCCACAAGCACCAUUUUAGGAUGUUGUUACUUGGCCCUAAAGACUUGAGCUAUUGUGAUUUAGCCCCCCCAAACUAGAGGGUUAGUGGUAAUUGUUACAAACGGAAUCUGCCUACCGUUAGUUUGUGAGGAGUAACAGGAUACAGCUAUAAUAUAUUAAUGUACAGUGCCUUCAGAAAGUAAUCAUACCCCAUGACCUAUUCCACAUUUUGUCAGUCUGAAUUCAAAAUGGAUUAAAUACUUUGUAUUCAGAACAAAAAGUGAAUUGCGUAGCCACAUUUGUUGCAGUAUUACUUUGCUGCCUUGUUGCAAACAGGAUGCAUGUUUUGGAAUAUUUUUAUUCUGUACAGGCUUCCUUCUUUUCACGCUGUCAUUUAGGUUAGUAUUGUGGGGUAACUACAAUGUUGAUCAAUUCUCAGAUUCUCCUAUCACAGAAUCUCUGUUUGAAAUUACUGCUCAACUGAGGGACCUUACAGAUAAUUGUAUGCGUGUGGUACAGAGAUGAGGUAGUCAUUAAAAAAUCAUGUUAACGCGAUUAUUGCCCACACAGUGAGUCCAUGCAACUUGUUAUGUGACUUGUUAAGCAACUUUCUACUCCUGAACGUUAGGCUUGCCAUAAGAAAGGGACUGAAUACUUAUUGACUGAAGACAUUUCAGCUUUACAUUUUUAAUUAAUUUGUAAAGAAUUUGAAAAACAUAAUUCCACUUUGACAUUAUAGGGUAUUGUGUGUGUGUGUGUGUGUGGGCCAGUGACAACAAAUCUUAAUUUAAUCAAUUUCAAAAUUCAGGCUGUAACACAACAAAAUUUGGAAAAAGUCAAGGGGUGUGAAUACUUUCUGAAGGCAAUGUAUGUGAUUGUCUGUGUGUAUUUCUGUUUCCAUGAGAAAGAGAGCAGGUGUGUGUGUAUACCUGUUUUUGUGUCUGUGCAGGUGAUUGUGCAGCAUCAGGCAUUACACGUGUCAUGUGUCCCCCUUCAUUCCACAGUUACCUUAAAGAUUUAGAGCGAAUAGCGACCACGGGGUACGUGCCCACUCAGCAGGAUGUGCUGCGGGUUCGAGUGCCCACUACUGGCAUCAUUGAGUACCCUUUUGACCUGGAGAAUGUAAUCUUCAGGUACUGGUGUGAAGUGCUGCCUCUACCUCCGCCACUAUACUGUCUCCAUCGCCCCCCCACUGCUGCUGGCCGCACAGCCCUGGGCCUGGUAGCGUGCUCUGAGACUCCUUACUAUCAGCAGCUCUGAGGCUGUCUGAGGCCAAAUCACAACUCCUAACUAUAACCAAAAAUUGAAAAAGAUUAGACGGUCUUCAGUCCAGAUCUUAUUGAACUUGCGGACUGCCUCAAUUUGAACCCAAUGGAAUUAAGGUGUUAUGGGAAAGUAAUGGGAAAAGCAAAAUAAAUGUUAGGUUUAACAGAGUCUCUGAGAGCUGCCAUCAGGGACUGUAUUAACUUUCUGGGAGAUGAUUGUGGGGUUUAGUAGGUGGUAGAGGUGGCAGGUGAAGGGUCACCCCCCAGAGCUCUCAGGAAUGGGUUCUCCCGGUUGGGACUGACUGGUCCACUUGCUUUGGAGGGGGGUAUCUGCUGUCAUGCUUCAGUCUCUGUCUCUCUCUGUCUCUCUUUGUCGUUCCUGCCUCUCUCCCGGUCUCUAGCUAUCUAAGCGAUCUGGAUCGUAUUGCUGAACCCAACUUUCUACCAACCCAACAAGAUGUGCUUAGGGUUCGCAUCCCCACCACAGGGAUCAUUGAAUACCCUUUCGACUUGCAAAGCAUCAUUUUCAGGUAGAAAGACAUUCACACUUUUACUAACUCCCUUCCCUUCCUACCCCAGUGUUUAGUAUUCCCUCUUAAAUAAAUAACUGUUUCAAUAUUCAUGUUGACUGUGCGUUGUGUGAUCACAUCAGAGAACAUUGAUCAUUCUCUCCCUCACAAGAUCAACAUGAACAAUUAAUAUCACUGAUUCACCUGCUGCUUCAUUUUAUUUCUCAUUGUUGCUUUGAUCUCCAGUUUUUACCCUCCCAUCAUAAUUGUCUCAGGCCCAUCAAGUCUUCUUAACUGUUGCUAUGUAAUCCUCAAGAUGUACACUGAACAACACUUCAGCCCCUUGCUUUGCAUGGUACAUACUGGAUGGAGUAGAAUGAUGAGCUAAAUAUCAGCUAGUCAUCUGAAGGUUUAGUCAUCAUAACAGGGAUGUUGAGAAACCGUGUACUCCAGGACUGUAACCAGUCUGGUGACAUUAUGAUGUAACCAGGCAUGCUGCCUGUUAGUGUCGUCUGAGCCAGGCCAGCGGAGCUUAGGGGAGGGGGAGGCCUCCUGGACGUGGCCAGGCGGAAGAGACUGAUCACUGGGCACCAAGGUGUAGAACGGUCCCCUCCUCCUCCAAGAGGAUAAUAAUGAGGAGAUGGAGAUGAAACCAGCAAAAAAAGUGAUUACAAAAGAGUGCAAAUCGAUAGGAAGCUCGAAUGUCAGCCCCUCCUACGCGCGGCAGCGCUAGAAAUAACUCCCAGGCUCACAAUGAGGUUGGACUCGAGGAUCCAUCCAUCGCUUCACUCUACUGCUACUGGAUGGAUAGGCUGUGAAUCACUACAGCAGUGUUUAAGGACAUGUAGCCUAUAUAAUAAUAUAUUACAGAGAUAUUCCUCUGGAUUAAAGCGAACCCAGACGAUCCGCAAUUAAAUGUCAAUGAGAAUAUUUGGCUAGUCAGAUAGGGAGAGACUUGUGAUGCAAGGAACCCCCCCCCCCCUCUCCACUCCAACCCCAUGUGUGUUAGAGUGAUGGGGUCUGGUGCAGCCCAGCCCGGGUUGUACUCACAGGAGCUGCAGAAGGCAGGCUUUCAUGAGGACAAAGUAAACAUGCAUGUCUGCUGCGUUCGGCCGCGGCGCUUCCCUCUUAAUUGCCUUUUGAAGUCGUUGAGAAUGUCGUGAUUUCUCUGGGCUCAUCCUCCAUAGGAGAGCCUAUCCUGCUAAGUAGGUCACCCAUCCAUACUACAGGAAAGGAGGUCGGCUGAUGCGAAGGAGCUUUUAUUUUAGGCAGGCGUCCUAGAGGACCCCAUUUAUCAACGCCCCCCCUUCUCACUUUGCGGCAGCACCAGCCAGGGACGGACAGAGGUAGCUGCUUCUCACUAGGCUAGGAAAGAAACCCUGAUCCUCCUCUGAUAACAUGGAUAUAGACUAAUAGAUCUCUCCCAUCAACAAAGCCAUUGCUGGAAAAUAGGAGGAUUUCUGAGUUGAUGGAUCAGAUUAGCCAUUAUCCAUCUAUGGAUGCAAAAUUCAAUGAAAUCCAUGUAAAUAAUGUUUGGAAAACAACUGUAGCGGUAUUCCCAAAUCCUUGCCUCCACUCGGUACCUCUGCUUGAUCUGUAAUGGAGGUGCCCUCUGCUCUCCCACGCUUCACCUCUCCCUGUAUUCUUUCCUUCCCCCUCCGUGUCCUCCCCCUCUCCCCCUCUAAUCCCCCCUUUCCGCUCUCCUUUUUGCCGCUGGCCUACCUCCCUACACUGCUGCUGGGCUUGUGCUCUGAAUCUGAAGUCACUGGCUGACUUAGGUGCUGUUUCCAAGCGGGCUAAUACCUUGCCGGUCUGGCCUCUCUGGCACAACUGCAUCCACUUAGCUGGGAAUGGGCUGGGAGAGGGACAUGGCUCUGCACAGUGCACACUUUUUCUCUUCAUUUCUUUUUGGUUCAACUUGGGUCGUUUAACCUCUCCUUGCACCUUCUUUGAUUUACUGUACUGUAUGUUGCAUUAGUGCAUAAGAAGUUAUCAAACUUAAUUGUUAUUAAUUUGAGUUAUUGAGAGGAUAAUGCAUGUCACAUGUACAGUAUGCAAUGUUUAAUUUUCAUACGUUAACAUAUAACUGUCUAACUGACAAUCCUGACCAGAAAGGAACAUGAUGUCCACAUGAUCAUGUUUUCCUAAUAGUUGUGUAUGAUAGUAAACACAAUCAAGUGUGUUUGAAUGCUUCUUUGCACGGAUGUUUUUAAAGCAGACCAGAAGGGUAUAUACAUCUUAUUGCAUUAUAAGUGCUGUUCUCGAUUGUACCUAAAAUGCAGUUAUUUCCCAAUGUAACACUCCUUUUAAUUCCCUGAUAUCCAUUUUAUUUUUGCUUUGUAUGACAGUUAGCCAUCCUCAUUGCUAGAUGUUGGGCAUUAUGAAUCCUAAAAGGUGAUAACGGGACUAACCUCGAAUGUCGUUUAUUUUUACAAAAUUAUUUAAUUGGAUACCCUAGUUACCACAAUAAAAACCCUUUCAACUUGGCUUCAAUGUGUGAAUUGAGCCUAAUUUUGAAAACUUCUCUCCUCCCUUCAUCUCUCCAUCCUGGUCCUGUCCAAUCAGGAUGGUGGAUGUAGGGGGUCAGAGGUCAGAGAGGAGGAAGUGGAUCCACUGCUUUGAGAACGUCACGUCCAUCAUGUUCUUGGUGGCCCUCAGCGAGUACGACCAGGUCCUGGUGGAGUCUGACAACGAGGUGAGAUUGAACACACACACACCAGGCAUACUAUCAUUAGUCUCUUAUUUACAAUCAUUCGGUAGGUAGUGGCUUCUUGAUAUUGAUUAUGACCUCAUAUCCUGCUUGUUUGAGUCUGCAUUUUGUUUUGUUUUCCAUUUUGUUGGUGUCCCUUUGACUGUAGCGCCAGAUGAAAUGAGGAUAAUAUGAUCAGGCUGUUUAGUCAUCGGAGGGAGCUGGUUUGGAACAACAAACUGUCUGAUGGGUCAUAUGACAGAGAGCGUUUCAUACAGCAGUGGACCACGUUGCCAGGCGGAGCAGAGUAUUUGGGAGGGUAGAGACAUCCACAUCCUCCUGCUCUGCUCUCGCUACUGGAUCUACCUGAUCUGACAGUAAACAUAAUGUCACAGGAGCAGCAGAGCAGGCCCUCCUUACACACAGACAGGAUGGGUUCCUCUGCAUGGAGAAUGGGAUUAUGUAAUGGUCCCAAACAUUUUGUGAAUUUAUUUGGGGGAUGGGAGUAAUACAUCUCACAUCACUACCCCACCUUUAUUUCCUAUAAAUGCCAUGGGAGUCUUUGUAAAUUGGUCUUUAGGGUACAAUGAGAUUUUGAAAGCUGUAUGAUUUUCACUAGACAAUAUCAUUAUGUUUUUAUCAAGUGCAGUUAGGCAUUUAAAAUUACACUGAAUUAAGUGGUAUGCAGUGGCAAUUGGCCAUAUGUUUUCUAACCAGAAUUGUAUUUUUUUUUCAGGCUAGAUACACAUGAAUGUGGUGAAAGAUGCACUAUUUUUUUUAGAACUGCCAUUAAAUCAAGCACCAUCUCUGAUUAAUAUGAGCUCAUAAAUGACAAAAAAAUGCAUCCAUAUACAGGUUCUGGAUACUGAAAUAGUGUUGUACUGGGCAGUUGUGUUGCACAUUUUCACAAUGAAAAACAUUUUAGGCCAGGCUUAAAUAAUUUUGCUCUGUCAGAGAAGAGGUUGUUUCUUCAUAGAAAAAAUAACAUUUGGUGUCAAAUGUUUUUGGCCCAAUAGAUGAAAUUGAAAGCAAUAAAUUGGUUGAUUUUAGAGAAUUGGACAGAACAAAAUGUUAACACUAAUUAGCAUAUUUUCAAAUGUUUUUGCAUGACAUAGAAUAUGAAAACAUAUGUUUGUUUUUCAUUCAAACCAAACAAUCAAAUAAGAAUCAUGCUGAAAACAUCACCACUGUUGGCUAAUUUCAAAGCGAGAUAACCAGUUGCAUAUUUGAAUAAUAGCUACAUGUAAUAAAAGUUUAGGUUUGUUUUACAUUACCUCUUUUACCUCAUUACCCUUUUGUGCCUGCCAUUUGGCUGUAGUCUACUCUGCUAGCAGCUUACUAAGAACUGCAAGCUAGCAUUUUAGCUUCUCACAUCUCCCCCAUGUGAAAUAAUCAGAUUUAUAAUGAAAUAAUAUGCCCUGGCAAAUAUUCUUAUACUUGCCAGUGCAACCUACAAAAUUAUCCCAGUUUGAUAUACUGCUUGAAUGUAUUCGCUCCCAUAUCAGCAAAAAUAGAAUGUCAUGUUUGCUCACGGAGAAAAAGCACAUUGCUAGCAGCUGUUUUUACCGUUUCAAAAUAGCCUGGAAUCACGUAGAUAUUACUUCUAAACAAAAUACCUUUUGGUGGGACUCUAAGGCUACAAAGUUAUUUGGUUUAUUGUUUGAACAGUCGCUGAGAUUAUCGUUGGUUAUCUAUGCAAAAUAGGCUACUUUGUGCAUAGCCUAUAUAGAUAAAAUUAAGGAACCAAACGAGUUUGGUGGUAAAAUACAGCUUCAUUACUUAGACAACACUGCAACACAAGGAAUUCUCCGUCCCGUUACAAAAUUUGAGUGGAACAAAAUUCUGUCGAAAGUGGCGUUGGCCUACAUACUACAAGGAGCUGCACAACAUUCACGUACUGUGUUGUGCUCUGUUUACGUAAACCGUGUAAAGUGUGCAGAGUGCUUGAGGGUUAAGCAUGUUCUGACCAUCUCUCUCUCUCCUCUCUCUCUCUCUCCUCUCUCUCUCUCCUCCUCUCUCUCUCUCUCUCUCUCCUCUCCUCUCUCUCUCUCCUCUCUCUCUCUCUCUCUCUCUCUCCUCGUCUCUCUCUCUCUCUCUCUCUGUCUCCUUCUUCUCCUCUCUCUCUUCUCUCCUCUCUCUCUCUCCUCUCUGUCUCUCUCUCUGUCUCUCUCUCUCUGUCUCUGUCUCUGUGUGUGUCUGUCUGUCUGUCUGUCAGAAUCGGAUGGAGGAGAGCAAGGCUCUGUUCCGGACCAUCAUCACAUAUCCCUGGUUCCAGAACUCCUCCGUCAUCCUGUUCCUCAACAAGAAGGACCUCUUGGAGGAGAAGAUCACGUACUCCCACCUGGUCGACUACUUCCCUGAGUUUGAUGGUAAACUACUCUUUACCUUCAUCCUACACUACCACCUCUCUACACUGGCCAAUGUGGCCAUGUCCAGUACCAUGGCAGUUACUGAGGCAAAUUAUCAAAUAGAAUGCAUAUGAUAGUAUUUUUUAAAAUUAUUGUAACAUUAUUCAUUUCAAAGAUUUCAAACUCUAUAGGCGGCAUGAACAGACCUGAAUGUAUUUUUGUUAGUAUUUAGUGACACCAUGUGGCUAGACAAUGAACUAAAAUGCAAUACAAAUUCACAUAAUCCAUUAGCCAAAUAGGUAGAACAUGCUCUACAUUCGAUAAAUAGUCAGGAUUUAAAUCACUUACCUUUUGAGAUCAUGUAACGUGUCUUCCUUUCAAUUUGAAAUGUCAUGUGUGUGUUCGCCAGUUCACAGGUACACAGUGAUGUGUACCGUUGCCUGUAGCUUUGGGAUAAUGUGUGUGUGUGUGUGUGUGUGUGUACCCCCAGGUCCCCAGAGAGACGCUCAGGCGGGCCGGGAGUUUAUCCUAAAGAUGUUUGUGGACCUGAACCCCGACAGCGACAAGAUCAUCUACUCCCACUUCACCUGUGCCACGGACACAGAGAACAUCCGCUUUGUGUUCGCUGCCGUCAAAGACACCAUCCUGCAGCUCAACCUCAAAGAGUACAACCUGGUGUGA